UAGUUUUCCAGACAGUCGCGCGGUCGGUGAGGUGGAGCUCGUGUUGAAAGACCCUCUGUGCCCCCGCUGGCCUCGUGCCACAUAGACGUGUCACUUCAGGUGUGGCCUCAGCGGACAGUACACACCGUCUGUGCAGUAGGUCAGUAUUUGGCCUGUCUGAAAGAGUGUGAGACUGCUAAUCAACCAGCUGUUGUGGACCUUUGAACCCGUUUCUAGCGCAUAUAAACCCACUGGAGAAACAGCACGCAUCUUGCGCCCUACCGGCACCAUGGCUGUCUUGGUUGUCUUUCUCGGAGUAUCCCUCCUUGCCGUACAGAUGGUGUGCGGUCAGAACAUUCGCUGGUGCACGGUGUCUACGAAGGAAAUGGAGAAGUGCAAGGCCAUGUCGGUGGCAUUCAACGCAGCAGCCAUCCGCCCUCUUCUUAGCUGCGUGGCGGAGACGUCAGUGGUCGGUUGUGCCAGCCUCCUCAAGAAUAAGGAAGCGGAUGCCUUUUCAGCCAGACCCACAGACAUUUAUGAUCUGGGCAAACUGGAUACCCUUAGGAUUGCUGCAGGAGAGUCUGACCGUGAAGGUGAGGGGGUUAGCUACUAUGCCGUUGCCGUGGUGAAGAAGACCUCCACGGUGACGGUGAAUAGUCUGAAGGGCAGGAGGUCGUGCCACACGGGGAAAGGUCGCACUGCCGGCUGGAACAUGCCACUCGGGUACCUGAUUGACAGCGGCGCGAUGUCCGUCAUGGGGUGUGACGUGUCCAAAGGCCUGUCUGAGUUCUUUAAUGCUAGCUGUGUUCCUGGGGCGAAUGGGCCGGGGGAUCCGGCGUCUCUGUGUUCUCUGUGUGUGGGAGACGGAACGGGGAAUCACCGCUGUGAAAGCAGCGACAAGGAGAAAUACUACGCCUACAAAGGAGCCUUCAGAUGUCUAGUAGAGAAUGCAGGGGAAGUGGCCUUCAUCAAGCACACCACAGUGCAGGAGAACACAGACGGUCAGGGGGAUGCGUGGGCGAACGGCCUGCGGUCUGAAGAUUACGAGCUGCUGUGUCGUGAUGGGACACGUGCCAGUGUGAAGGACUUUCGCCGGUGCCAUCUGGAACGGGUGCCCUCACGGGGCAUCGUCGUGGGCAACCACGUCGACCCCACCCAGGUGUAUAACAUGCUGAUGGAUGGUCUGAGGAAAUCUGGCUUUGGGAUGUUCCAGUCGAGCAGUUUCGGUGGUACUGAUCUGCUCUUCAGCGACAGCUCCGCAACCUUCAUCAAGGCCAACGAUCAGCACAUCGACUGGAUGGGCCAAAGAUACUACCAGGCACUCGCAGCCAUGGACUGCUCCAGUGCAGACAUCCCAGAGUUCCUGCGCUGGUGUGUGUUGUCCAGUGAGGAGCAGAGAAAGUGUGUAGCCAUGGCCGAGGCCUUCAACUCCGCAAGCCUCACACCCAAACUCCAGUGCGUCUUUGGAGACUCUGUGGACCAGUGCAUGCAGAAAAUAAAGGACAAUGAGGCAGAUGCCAUCACUCUGGAUGGAGGCUACAUCUACACUGCAGGGAAGAGCUACGGACUGGUGCCAGCAGCAGCAGAGAGUUACACAGGUGACACUGAUGGCAGUGUGUACUAUGCUGUGGCGGUGCUCAAGAAGAAUAACAAUAACAUCCGGAGGCUGUCUGACUUGCGUGGGAAGACCAGCUGCCACACAGGUCUGGGCCGCACUGCCGGCUGGAACGUCCCCGUGGGCAUGCUGAUCAAGCGCGGCCUCAUCACCCCACACAGCUGCCAAAUAGAAGAGGGUGCUGCAGGGUUCUUCAAGUCCAGCUGUGUGCCGGGGGCCAGCCAGUCGGCGCUGUGUGAGCAGUGUGUUGGCGAUCAGAAAGGAGACAACAAGUGCAAGAAGGGCAUGGACCUGUUUGACGGCUACUCCGGGGCCUUCAGGUGUUUAGCCCAGGGUGCUGGGGAGGUGGCUUUUGUGAAACAUGCUACUGUCUUCGAGAACACUGAUGGUAACAACACUGAUUCGUGGGCGGUGCACCUGCAGUCGAGGGAGUUCCAGCUGCUGUGCAGUCAGGACACGCGCGCGGAGGUCACUCAGUACCGCCACUGCCACCUGGCAAGAGUGCCCUCCCAUGCGGUCAUGAUGCGGCCAACGCUCAACCGCCACGCCAUCUAUGGCCUACUGGACAAAGCACAGGUUUCCUAUGGUAGUGACUCGAACCCAGGGUUCCGGAUGUUUGACUCUUCAUCAUAUGGCGGUGCAGACCUGCUGUUCAAAGACUCGACGCAGCGCAUCAUAGGCGUUGGGGAGCGACGGACCUACCAGGAGUGGCUGGGGCACGAGUACCUGGACUCGCUGGUCACCAUGGAGUGUCCAUCCUCCGCUGCAGGCCAGUCAUUCACCACCCUGGUCAUGGUGGCGUUGCUGAGCUCCCUGGUAUCCCUGCUGGCUGUGUAACUGCACCUUCGUCCCUCCAGCGUCGUUCUGACAUUGAUUUCUGCUCAGCCCAGCUUGAGCCUGGUUGGGUUUGGGUAGCAGACGAUUUUAGCCUUAUUUCUGUUUCAAUUAUGAGAACUGGAUGAUUUUGCACUUAGCUUGAACAACAUGCAAAUUGUUUUUGUUUUGAUUGUUUAAAGGGACAUGUUUGAGAAUAUUUCUGGCUUUUGAGAUAGUGGGUGUUUAGUUGGAGGCCUUUAUCAACACUGCUUUCUUUUGAGCGAGUUCAGUACUGAUAUCGCGUGAGAGUUUUGUUCAUUGUUGAUGAGCAAAUGUACAUAUAUUUGCCACAGUAAUGAAGGCAAUAGCCAUAUCAGUGCGUAUGCAUUGCCUGUUACAUAUCUACUGCAGUGUUUUGUGAUAGAGCCUCCUGUUGUUUUUACUCAGAUGUUUACAUGUGUUGACUACUUGGAAGGCAUGAGCCGUAUCAGGGAAUACGCGGUGUGUUCUGCAGAGAUAUGGAAGAUGACCUUGCUCUAGUGGUUUAGGGUUAUAAGACUGACAUGGACCAGAUGUUUUCAGCAUGUGUUCUCCCCAAAUUAAAAAAAAUAGUUUAGAUGUAGCAGUUUACCUAGAUGUAAAACAAUCAGUAUUAUUAUAGUUAUUAUUAUUAAUCGUGGGCUUCUUUUCCUGCUAUUUGAUGAUUUAUGCUCAAAUGGAAGUAGUGAAUCAGCAGCGACAGGCAUCAGUGAAAGCAUCUUGCAAGCAGGUCAGCAAGGUCAUUUUUGGGGAGAACAUCUCUGCUGUUCACACUGUGUCCCUGUGCAGCGUUAUCCAAAGCACCAGUAACACUGUGUAGCGUGUAGCAAUCUCUGACCAUACCCGUGGAUGUGUGACCACCUUCCGCCUGUGAUGACUUCACCAAGGGCAGCAAUCUCUGGAGCUAUUCCUGAUCGGGAACAGCUCUGCCCAAGCUGCCCAGGAUGUCCCUGGACCUUUCUUCCUGCUGAACCUUGCCUGGGCUGCUGUAGAACAGUGGCCCCUGGUGGGUUGUUAUGGAACGGCACCCCUUGUUCUGCAUUACGGUGCAUGCUGCUGACUUCUGCCUCCAUUUGAUGUGAUAUGAUUUAUGUGUUAAGCUUCAUUUUACAAGUAUUUUUUUACUCAAUGGUCAGGUACCAUAUCAGCGAAUAUGUACUGGCACUCAGUUCUGUUAGACACGAAUGCUUGCCUUUUAAUCGUUUCUUUGAUGAAAUGAACAUAUGUAACUAAUAUUUAGUUGCCAGACCAGUGUGUCUGCUACAGUAUUGCUACAUACUGCACACAAGUCUUUGCUUUUCUUUGAAAUAAAAGAGCAUUAACAAGA